AUGGUGAUCAGAGCAAAAGCAUCGAAAGUGAAAUGCAAGAAAGAUCAGUUUGAAUCAUUUCAACUUGGAGAUAAGGAGCACAAUUUGAGAAGUCCCAGUUUCUUUGCAUCUUUGCAAGCAUUCUCUGGAGCAUACUACUUUGGGCUCGAUGAAAUGCACUUGUUUGGGUCGAACAUUGCGAAGCAGAUGUGGAAAAUGGUAUCAGGAGACAAGGAGGAUACACCGCUGACUGUUCCAAAACAUGCACAAGAAGCUAUUGGCCAUGCUGCAGCCAGUGCAAAUCUUCCUCCAUGCUUUGAAGGCUCGAUGCCAGAUAUUUUUCGACACCCUAACAAUGCACGUGCAAUUGAUUGGCUUGAUGUACUUCUUUUUCUUUCGGUGACAGCCAUAUAUGAGCAAUUACAAGUAGUCGAGGAUGCCAGCAUUGUCAACGAUGAAGACCACGUCAAUGCCUUGCAACAUACACAUGAGGAUGAUACAGGAGACACGCAUUCUACCAGCGACAGCUAUGACAACGAUCACAAUAAUCAUCCCCCAGAAGAGAUGCGAGGUUCAGAUAAUAUCAAUAGCAGCAAUUCAUUUGGUGUUACACCUAUAAGAGCUCUCAUUUGUUUGGUGACAGUUGUCGCCUUAGCAUUGCAGCAGUGUAUUGACAAAGACGAUAUUGGAAAGAUAAAAAGCUGCGCCAAAGUAUGGCAUGAAUUUGCAUCCAAUGCCAUCAAGAAUCGCUAUACGCCGGUUUUCCACUACUUGCAGCAUGUAGCUCGCGCGAUCGAACUAUUGGGACCAAUGCGAAGAAUGCAGCAAAUCAGCUUUUUUUUCGCUGCCGCAUACAAGGAUUAUGAUAGGCAACCUAAACAGGAUGAACCAGCAGAUGCCGACGAGAACAAUACAAUGCAAGAUGGCGACCAAGGAUUGGAUCAGAAGUCUCCUACGUUAUGGCGAGUUGUGGAAGGGGAGUUGACUGUCAGCGAUUUCGAUGGACAAAUCCUACACUAUUUUCUUCAAAAAUAUUGGAGACAAUAUCUUGGAUGCAACACGUCAUCGUUACGAGGAUCAACCAUCAAAGUCGGUAAGGAGUUAUUUGAUUCCUCUACUGGGACAUUCUACGGAUCACAGUUAUUCCCAAGAAAGGCACAAAAGAAACCUACAGCAUUCGUGAAGAUCAGCUUACCUGUAGAUGGAAAUUACCAUGAUGUUACCGCUGAAACCGAUCGUGUGUGGCGAACUUACUCUGGAGAAUGUUUACUCUUUUUCACGCAUUCAUAUCAAGGUCACGAGAAAACGCUGGUCCUUUUGAACCUUUACAAUGAGUUGAAGCUCAAUGGUGCAGGAGUGCCAUAUGGAUUACAAGGCUAUAACUACUCGGGCACGCUGUGUAAGAGAUAUGUUGCUGACGAACCCCGUUUCUAUUACGUUUACCCUGGUAUGGUUCCCAACGACAUUGUAUUAGGCCAUUUAAGUCAAUUGUAA